AUGAGGCAGGGGAGGAGGUCAGAGAGGGGAUGGAGUGGGGUCAAGGUACAGGUGCUUAGGUUCAUGUUGGAGAGCAGAGGAGGAGGACUGGGAGGAGAGCAGAGUAGAGGAGGACUGGGAGGAGAACAGAGUAGAGGAGGACUGGGAGGAGAACAGAGUAGAGGAGGACUGGGAGGAGAGCAGAGUAGAGGAGGACUGGGAGGAGAGCAGAGUAGAGGAGGACUGGGAGGAGAGCAGAGUAGAGGAGGACUGGGAGGAGAGCAGAGUAGAGGAGGACUGGGAGGAGAGCAGAGUAGAGGAGGACUGGGAGGAGAGCAGAGGAGGAGGACUGGGAGGAGAGCAGAGGAGGAGGACUGGGAGGAGAACAGAGUAGAGGAGGACUGGGAGGAGAACAGAGUAGAGGAGGACUGGGAGGAGAACAGAGUAGAGGAGGACUGGGAGGAGAACAGAGUAGAGGAGGACUGGGAGGAGAACAGAGCAGAGGAGGACUGGGAGGAGAACAGAGUAGAGGAGGACUGGGAGGAGAACAGAGCAGAGGAGGACUGGGAGGAGAGCAGAGGAGGAGGACUGGGAGGAGAGCAGAGUAGAGGAGGACUGGGAGGAGAACAGAGUAGAGGAGGACUGGGAGGAGAACAGAGUAGAGGAGGACUGGGAGGAGAACAGAGUAGAGGAGGACUGGGAGGAGAACAGAGCAGAGGAGGACUGGGAGGAGAGCAGAGGAGGAGGACUGGGAGGAGAGCAGAGGAGGAGGACUGGGAGGAGAACAGAGUAGAGGAGGACUGGGAGGAGAACAGAGUAGAGGAGGACUGGGAGGAGAACAGAGUAGAGGAGGACUGGGAGGAGAACAGAGUAGAGGAGGACUGGGAGGAGAACAGAGUAGAGGAGGACUGGGAGGAGAGCAGAGUAGAGGAGGACUGGGAGGAGAACAGAGUAGAGGAGGACUGGGAGGAGAACAGAAGUAGAGGAGGAGAGCAGAGGAGGAGGACUGGGAGGAGAGCAGAGGAGGAGGACUGGGAGGAGAACAGAGUAGAGGAGGACUGGGAGGAGAACAGAGUAGAGGAGGACUGGGAGGAGAACAGAGUAGAGGAGGACUGGGAGGAGAACAGAGUAGAGGAGGACUGGGAGGAGAACAGAGCAGAGGAGGACUGGGAGGAGAACAGAGUAGAGGAGGACUGGGAGGAGAACAGAGCAGAGGAGGACUGGGAGGAGAGCAGAGGAGGAGGACUGGGAGGAGAGCAGAGUAGAGGAGGACUGGGAGGAGAACAGAGUAGAGGAGGACUGGGAGGAGAACAGAGUAGAGGAGGACUGGGAGGAGAACAGAGUAGAGGAGGACUGGGAGGAGAACAGAGUAGAGGAGGACUGGGAGGAGAACAGAGCAGAGGAGGACUGGGAGGAGAGCAGAGGAGGAGGACUGGGAGGAGAGCAGAGGAGGAGGACUGGGAGGAGAACAGAGUAGAGGAGGACUGGGAGGAGAACAGAGUAGAGGAGGACUGGGAGGAGAACAGAGUAGAGGAGGACUGGGAGGAGAGCAGAGUAGAGGAGGACUGGGAGGAGAACAGAGUAGAGGAGGACUGGGAGGAGAACAGAGUAGAGGAGGACUGGGAGGAGAGCAGAGUAGAGGAGGACUGGGAGGAGAGCAGAGUAGAGGAGGAGAGCAGAGGAGGAGGACUGGGAGGAGAGCAGAGGAGGAGGACUGGGAGGAGAACAGAAGUAGAGGAGGACUGGGAGGAGAACAGAGUAGAGGAGGACUGGGAGGAGAACAGAGUAGAGGAGGACUGGGAGGAGAACAGAGCAGAGGAGGACUGGGAGGAGAACAGAGUAGAGGAGGACUGGGAGGAGAACAGAGCAGAGGAGGACUGGGAGGAGAGCAGAGGAGGAGGACUGGGAGGAGAGCAGAGUAGAGGAGGACUGGGAGGAGAACAGAGUAGAGGAGGACUGGGAGGAGAACAGAGUAGAGGAGGACUGGGAGGAGAACAGAAGCAGAGGAGGACUGGGAGGAGAGAGAGGAGGAGGACUGGGAGGAGAGCAGAGGAGGAGGACUGGGAGGAGAACAGAGUAGAGGAGGACUGGGAGGAGAACAGAGUAGAGGAGGACUGGGAGGAGAACAGAGUAGAGGAGGACUGGGAGGAGAGCAGAGUAGAGGAGGACUGGGAGGAGAGCAGAGUAGAGGAGGACUGGGAGGAGAGCAGAGUAGAGGAGGACUGGGAGGAGAGCAGAGUAGAGGAGGACUGGGAGGAGAGCAGAGUAGAGGAGGACUGGGAGGAGAGCAGAGGAGGAGGACUGGGAGGAGAGCAGAGAGGAGGACUGGGAGGAGCGCAGAGAGAGGGGGGAAUGGGAGGAGAGCAGAGAGGAGGACUGGGAGGAGCAGAGAGGAGGAUCAAAAUAAACAAAACUUUUGUGUUUUCAGUAGUUUUAUUGAAAAAUGCCUCUUUUGUUCCUAAAUAA